AUGAGGCUGUGGGUGGUGGUCACCUGGCUGUUUGUUUGCGGCGCAACAGCUCUUGCCGGCGGCGAGCAGCCGCUGUCGAGGAUCGCGAUCGAGAGGACGGUCCUCGCCGUCGACGACUCAGUGCAUGUCAAGGCGUCCCCUUUGGUUCUUGGGCUCAAGGGCGAGAACAGUGGAUGGGUACAGGUAGAGUUCUUCCAUCCGAAUCCCUCCAAGGACGACUGGAUUGGUGUGUUUUCUCCGGCCAAUUUUAGUGAUGCAAUCUGUGAGCCUGAAAAUAAUAGCCAGCAACCUCCACUGCUAUGCACAGCACCUAUCAAGUACCAAUUUGCAAAGUUCAAGAAUAGUGGCUAUACCAAGUCUGGGAAGGGAAACUUGAAGCUUCAGUUAAUCAACCAGAGGGAAGAUUUCUCAUUUGCACUAUUUUCCGGAGGCCUCAUGAAGCCUAAGCUGAUUGCUGUCUCAAACAUGGUAACCUUUGCAAACCCAAAGGCGCCCGUCUACCCACGUUUGGCACAAGGAAAGUCUUGGAAUGAAAUGACAAUCACCUGGACAAGCGGAUAUGAUAUUAAAGAAGCAGUUCCUUUUGUUGAAUGGGGUGCGAAAGACGAGCCUCGGUUUCUUUCCCCAGCCGGAACAUUAACUUUCGACAGAAAUAGCAUGUGUGGAGCACCUGCUCGGACUGUUGGUUGGCGCCAUCCGGGUUACAUCCAUACUAGUUUCUUGAAGGAAUUGUGGCCAGAUUCGCCGUAUACAUACAGGCUUGGCCAUAGGUUACCAAACGGUACCAACAUCUGGAGCAAGUUAUACAGCUUUAAAGCAUCACCUUAUCCUGGACAGGAUUCCUUGCAACAAAUUGUCAUAUUUGGAGACAUGGGAAAGGCAGAGGCUGAUGGUUCCAAUGAGUUCAAUGACUUCCAACCAGGCUCACUGAACACUACAAACCAGAUCAUCAGAGACCUAGAAAACAUCGACAUGGUAGUUCACAUCGGGGACAUUUGCUACGCGAACGGCUACUUGUCUCAGUGGGACCAGUUCACCUCCCAGAUUGAGCCAAUUGCAUCGACUGUACCAUACAUGAUUGGCAGUGGUAAUCACGAAAGAGACUGGCCCGGAACUGGAUCUUUCUAUGGAAAUAUAGACUCCGGUGGAGAAUGUGGUGUUCCUGCUCAAACUGUAUUCUACACUCCUGCUGAGAACCGUGCAAAAUUCUGGUAUGCGACAGAUUAUGGCAUGUUCAGGUUCUGCAUUGCUAACACAGAAGAAGAUUGGAGGCCAGGGACAGAGCAGUACAAGUUCAUCGAGCAAUGCCUGUCAUCCGUCGACAGGCAGAAGCAGCCAUGGCUCAUCUUCCUGGCGCACCGUGUUCUUGGGUACUCAUCCUGCACUUACUACGAAACGGAGGGCACAUUUGAGGAGCCGAUGGGACGAGAAGCGCUGCAGGAGCUAUGGCAGAAGUACAAAGUCGAUCUCUCCUUCUACGGUCAUGUCCAUAACUACGAAAGGACGUGUCCAGUCUAUCAGAGCCAAUGUGUCGUCGCUGCAUCGGAUUACUACAGUGGUCCAUUCAUGGCAACGACACAUGUGGUUGUCGGUGGUGCUGGUGCUAACAUCGCAGAUUCAGAAUUCACCACUUCAAAAAUCCAUUGGAGUCACUUCAGGGACUUCGACUUCGGGUUCGUCAAGCUCACGGCUUUCAACCAUUCAUCCUUGCUGUUUGAGUACAAGAAGAGCCGCGACGGCAAUGUUUACGAUCAUUUCACGAUCUCGCGCGACUACCGAGAUGUCCUGGCUUGCUCUAUCGACAACUGCCCAAGGACUACACUAGCUACUUGAUGGCGUG